CCGGUUAAAAAUAUUAAGUAAUAUAAUUUCUUCCAAGCAUAUAAAUAGUGUGAUUAAAAAGGUUGAAAUUCAUUAAAAUACUAUAGAAGUGUUAAAACAGUUAAAAGUAUAUAUUAUGUGUUUAUUGUUUUAUUUGAAGUAUAAUGUAUCUGUAAACGUAAUAUGUACCAGCAUGUAUGGGGUUAAUUGAGAUGGGCCGGAACCUAACCUCUGAGGUUGUUUCGGGACGGAAAGAAAAGGGGCGGAGCGAGCAGAGAGAAGACACGCGGAGUAUGAGGAAGAACAGUAACGAAAAGAGACUGUUGUACAGACGUUGAGUGACCAAGUCGUGGAGGCGUUCAACCCGGACUCUCCAGAGGACUCAGUGGUGAUUUUCCUGUGGGUGUGAGUGGAUUACUCAAACCGUGAGGACGACGUGAAGCUAGAAGCUAACACAGCGGCUAGUUUAGCUCACAGUGACUGUACGAGUUAGCAGCAAGCUACCUAUUCAGCAGUGACUGUGGGGAAAGGAGCGUGGAGCUGCAGACGACGAGCGAACACCGCGACAUCGGCAGUGACGGGGUUUCGUUUCCUCCGGACGGAUCUUCUCCUCAACUCACCUCUUCUCCAACCACCAGCCCAUCCCAAGCGACAUCCAGGCCUGCACCGAUGCACUAAAGGGGUACCCAGGUUUAUUUGAAGUAAAGUAAUAAGUGCCGGCUUUAGUUAUCAGGUGUGUGGGUCCACAUAUUGCACUUCAGUGAAUUUGAGUGAAUUGAAGGUUCUGCAUUGAUAUUUUUGGGUUAAAAAGUCUAUUGAUAUCUGUGAAUAUUUGUGAUAGUGUUUCACUAAAACAGAACAAAGGAUAUUUUUAUUUACUGUGUUUACCUGAAAAGAAGAAACAGGGUUAUUUCAGUUAUUACAUUUUUUGCAAAAGAGGUAUAAUUCCUUUGUUGUGUUUCCUGUGAAAAAAGGGACAAUUCAGAGUUUUUACCUUAAAAAAGGGGAAUUUAUUGUGAAGGUUUAACGACAAAAAGAACAUUUAUAUUUUUAUUUUAUUGUUAUAUUGCAUUAAUCAUUGCAUAAGUAAAUAAUUGAGAACUUAUUUUCUUAAAACCGUGUGUGGUGUAUUUCAUUUACUUACCUUUAAUACACAGAGACCUGAGGGGUGAACAUCUUUAUGAAAAACAGGUUAAAGGUGAAUUUAUAAGUAAGUUAAAAACAGUUCAUGUGUGUACUUUAAAACAAAAAAAGAGAGAUUCAAAACUAACAUUAAAACUGAGUUAAUCAGGGUUAAAAAUAGUUGAUAAAGAACCCAAAAGCCCUGCCCUUAUCACCAUGACUACCAAGGGGAGCGCUACAUAAAAUGGAGGCACCGCUGGGAAUAUUUUGGAUUUCUCAUUAAAAAGAAAAAAGUUAAAGCGUUAAAGGCAAAGUAACUAAUUAAAGUGCUAACCUAACUUACAAACAGCAUUAACAUGGAAAGAACAGAACUAGUGUCAGAGUUAAAACGCUGGUGCCGUGGUGAGGGUUUGGAUGAGACACAUGCGAUUAUGACCAUCGUCCCAGAAGAAGUAGAGAUCAGUGCAGUUGAAGCAACACUGGAAACUAUCAAGUCUUUUGGACGAGUGCGUGUCCGUGGGAGAAACUUCAGUGCAAGACUAAACCAACGGAUGGUUUUGUGUGAGAGUAAAGAGACUGUGAAUGAAGAGAGUGUUCCUCCUGAGGUUAAACCAGAUGAUGGUGGAGAGGCGUGGCCUGUUAUCAUCAUAGGAAAGGCUCAGGCAGCUGCCGAAGAGUUUAACAGUAAACUGAAAGGGUUGCUGCAGGCUGAAGGUAAAACAAUGGAGGACCUCCAAUCAUUAUUCCCCAGUACACCCCCGCCCACUAACUCCACUGAAUCUAUCCUUCGCGCUGUUGGAGAUUUGUUGGACAAGACAACUAAGCCAGCUGAUGGAGGGAGUUAUGGUCGACUACGCAUGUUCUCGGGAGCCCUACCAACGCUGCCAGGUGAGGAACCAUUUGACCAUUGGCUAGAGCAGGCAUGGCUCAUGGUGGAGGAGACUGAAUGCUCUGACAGAGAAAAAAGACGCAGAAUUAUUGGAAGUUUAAAGGGACAUGCACUAGAAAUUGUGAAAGCAGUGCGACACACACAUUCUGACGCCAGCCCAAAAGAGUACCUGGAAGCUCUUGAAAGUGCUUUUGGAAGUGCUGAGUCCGGUGAUGAUCUCUACUUUGCUUUCAGAUUAAUGCAACAGCAAAAAGGAGAGAAACUGUCAGAUUUCCUUCGACGCUUAGAGAGGUCUCUAGCCAAAGUGAUUCAACGAGGUGGUCUUCCUGCGAGCUGCAUGGACCGAGCCCGACUGGAGCAACUGCUAAGAGGUGCUAUCGAUUCAGACCUGAUGCUGAUCCAGCUGCGCUUGAGAGAAAGAAAGGCUGUACCCCCAAGCUUUCUACAGCUUUUGACUGAGAUUCGUGCUGAGGAAGAGUAUGAAACUUCUAGAAAGAAGCUCAGCGCCUCAGUACACCAAGUGCAUGUUAAUCAAAAAGUGGAUACAAGGCAAGCAGAGAUCCAGAGUUUAAAGGCGGAAAUAAAAGAACUGAAAUCAAUGGUUGCAACAGUGGUGACCCAAUCCACUCCAGUCAAAGAGGAUUACAGGGAGGCUACACCCAUCCAUUCACCGCCUGGCCCCGAGAACCGACAGGACGCCGAGCUGGCUGCAUUGAAAAAACAACUGAAAAGACUAAAGCAGAAAACUAGCAACACGAUGUCUGAACAGGACGCUGCAGUUUCGACCAUGGAGGCUUCAAAACAAUUCUCCAACUCACCCAAAGGAACACCGAAAAAGUCAGAGGAGAAUUUCUGCUAUAGGUGUGGUGAGAGCGGACAUUUUGCCACCAAGUGUCACAACCCUGAAAAUCAAGCCAAGGUUAUCAGAAAGCUAAUUCAUGCUUUAAAGAUGACAAAAGACAAACAGCAGUCUGGUGGUUCCACCGCCAGUGAAGUAAACUGUGGGGUCAAGAAAAGUGCAGUUACCGCAUCGGAGCCGGCUGGCAUCCCUGAAGGCUUGGUUGGUCCACCCAGCAUCGUACCUGUGAAAGUAAAUGGACACUGCUGUGACGCCUUGUUUGACAGUGGGUCACAGGUUACCAUUAUCUUCGAGUCUUGGUACCAAACCUACCUGUCUGAUGUUCCCAUACGCCCUGUGUCUGGUUUAGCUCUGUGGGGAUUAAGUGAAUCCGAGGGCAGUUAUCCCUACCGUGGGUACGUAGUGGUCGACGUUGAAUAUCCAGCAAAGGUAGCAGGUGCCGACCAGACAGUGACCAUCCUUGCUCUUAUCUGCCCCCAGCCCAGAACUGCAGACCAGACUCCGGUCAUUGUGGGGACCAAUGCCAGUCACAUUCGACGUCUUGUGCAGCAAAGUAAAGACAACGGCAUCGACAUCACACAGACACUGGGGAUACAGUGUUACAGAGACAACACAACCACAGCCCUGGAAGAGGAUGAUGAUAUCGGCUGUGUGUUAUGGCAAGGCCCUGGCCCACUGACUCUGCCCCCUGGUGGUGACUGCAGUGCAGUCUGUAAAGUCGAGUACAAACACCAAGUCGACAAACAGAUCCUGAUGGUGGACUCGUCUCCCCUAACGCCACUCCCUGCUGGUGUGCUACUUCAGCCAAUGGUGGUGCUCAGCAAAGACGUGAACGUCAGCCAUUUCAGAAUCUUGGUCCAAAAUGAGUCCAUGACAGAGACAGUCAUACCAGUGGGAACAGUUAUCGGGCAUAUGUAUCUGACAGAUGCAGCUACUCACCUUUCUCCGUCCAAGACAGCUGACAACGAGUUUGACCCGAAUCUGAUCAACUUUGGAGACUCACCUGUCUCUGAGGAGUGGAAACAGAGACUCCGUCAGAAGCUAUCCACAAGGUCUCAGGUGUUCUCGCUUCACGAAUGGGAUGUCGGAUUGGCGAAGGAAGUAGAGCACACGAUCCGGAUGUCAGAUCCACGGCCUUUCAGAGAGCGCUCUCGUCGCCUGGCCCCAGCUGACCUGGAAGACGUGAGAAAGCACAUUCAGGAACUGUUGCGUGCGGGGAUCAUCAAAGAGUCUCGUAGUCCUUAUGCAUCCCCAAUUGUGAUUGUUCGCAAAAAGACUGGAGCUGUGAGAAUGUGUAUUGACUACCGAUUGUUGAACAGCCGAACAAUCCCCGAUCAGUACACAACACCCUGUAUCGAUGAUGUGUUGGAUUCGAUGACCGGAAGCAAGUGGUUCUCCGUUCUUGAUCUGCGGAGCGGUUAUUACCAAAUUGCUAUGGCUGAGGAAGAUAAGGAAAAGACGGCAUUCAUCUGUCCGCUGGGGUUCUUCCAGUUCGAGAGGAUGCCGCAGGGGAUAACUGGAGCCCCAGCCACCUUCCAGAGAUUAAUGGAGAAGGCUGUGGGUGACAUGAAUCUGCUGGAAGUCCUUGUCUACCUCGAUGACCUGAUUGUAUUUGGCCGAACUUUAGAAGAGCAUGAAGAGAGACUUCUUAAAGUUCUUGAUUGUCUGGCAGAGGUUGGAUUAAAAAUCUCGGUCGACAAAUGUCAGUUCUGCCUCCCAAAGGUAAAGUACCUUGGACAUAUCGUGUCGGCAGAUGGAGUAUCGCCUGACUCAUCCAAGAUAGAGGCAGUUACCACUUGGCCACAGCCUACGCACCUGAAGACUCUUCAAUCCUUCUUGGGAUUUUGCGGAUAUUACCGCCGUUUCAUCGCCAAUUAUGCAGCCAUCGUCAGGCCUUUGUCUGAGCUCACAAAAGGCUACGCUCCAACCCAGAGGGGCAAGAAACCGGAGAAAGACAACACAAAGACUUACCGCAAAGAGUCCGAGCCUUUUGGUGAGCGAUGGGACCUGUCCUGCACUGAAGCUUUCCACAAGAUUAUCCACUGCCUUACCCAUGCACCUGUUUUGGCCUUCGCGGAUCCCAACAAGCCAUACGUCCUGCAUGUAGACGCCAGCUUGAAAGGGCUUGGCGCCGUCCUAUAUCAGGAGCACAGUGAGGGUCUGAGGCCCGUUGCCUUCGCCAGUAGGAAGCUGAAGACAUCUGAGAGGAACUACCCCGUUCACCAGCUGGAGUUCCUGGCCCUUAAGUGGGCGGUUGUGGAUAAAUUCCAUGAUUAUUUGUACGGGGUCAGAUUCACCGUACGUACGGACAACAACCCGCUCACGUACGUGCUGUCGACCGCCAAGCUCAGCGCUGUGGGGCACAGAUGGCUCUCGGCCUUAUCUACCUACGAUUUCGAUGUCCAGUACCGACCAGGCAGACAAAACAUAGACGCAGACCUGCUCUCGAGGAACAUGUCUGAUGAGAGUUCCGAGGAAUGGACAACCAUACCACAGUCUGGUGUGAGAUCCAUCUGCAAACGAAUCUGCAUCCCUGGUACUGCGGGCAGUCCACCGAGGUACGUAGAUCAGUUGGGAGUUUCUCCUGAAUGCGUGCCUGAUGUCUUUGCAUUCCCGAUUCACCUGGAGUUGAAAUCCUUGGGACAGAUGUCUAAUCAGGAGCUGAUAGAAGCUCAAGAGGAUGAUACAGCCAUCCGACUUGCUAUCCAAGCUGUUAAAAAUGGAAAAUGGCCGGAAGAAAAUGGAUCUAGCCCAGAGAGCUUUCGUCUUAAAAAAGAGAUGGGGAAGCUAAUGAUGAAGGACGGGCUACUCCAUCGCUUAAGCAAGCGGCCCUCCGGAAAAGAACAGACUCAACUUGUCCUACCAAGCGGGUUCAGAGAACUGGUGUUGAAAGCCACGCACGAUGAUCUAGGACACCUUGGUAUUGAAAGAACUACAGACUUGUUGAGGAGCCGAUUCUUUUGGCCGAAGCUUGCAUGUGAUGUUGAACAGUAUAUAAAGAACUGUGGAGCGUGUGUCACACGGAAGACCCCUUGUCAUAGGGCAGCACCUUUGCAUCACAUUUCGAGCAGUGGACCAAUGGACCUCGUGUGCAUUGAUUUUCUUUCAAUGGAACCAGAUUCUGCAGGCAUCGGAAAUGUUUUAGUGGUCACGGAUCAUUUCACCCGUUACGCUCAGGCGUUCCCUUCCCGAAAUCAGAAGGCGCAAACUGUGGCGAAGAUCCUGGUGGACAAGUACUUCCUGCAUUAUGGUCUGCCAACAAGAAUCCACUCAGAUCAAGGGAGAGACUUUGAAAGCCAGCUGAUCAAAGAGCUUCUGCAGAUGAUGGGGAUCCGGAAAUCACGGACUACUCCUUAUCACCCGCAAGGAGAUCCGCAGCCCGAGAGAUUCAACAGAACUCUUCUGUCCAUGCUGGGAACCCUGGGGUGUGAGAAGAAAAAACAGUGGAGCAAACAUGUUGGCUACCUGGUUCACGCCUACAACAGUACCAAAUGUGAUGCUACGGGGUAUUCACCCUAUUUCUUGAUGUUUGGCCGAGAAGCAAGACUUCCCAUAGACUUGUGCUUUGGAACCUCUCCUGAUGGCGAAGCUGAUGGUUGCCAUUCUCGCUAUGUAGCCAAGCUGAAAGACGACUUGCACAGGGCCUACAAGCUUGCUUCCGACACAGCCUACAAGACACAUCAGAGGAACAAAAGAUCCUAUGACAAAAGAGUUGUAUUUCAAACCCUGGAUAUCGGUGACAGAGUGUUACUGAGGAACUUGGGACUGAAAGGAAAACAUAAACUAGAGAGUCGUUGGAGUUCUAUCCCUUACGUGGUUAUAGGAAAGAUGCCCAACCUUCCAGUGUACAAAGUGAAACCGGAAGAUGGAGGAGGAGGAGUCAAAACUCUCCAUCGUGAUCAUCUCCUUCCAAUUGGACAGUUGGUAAGAAUGCCGACAGUGGAUGUUGAGAACAAGUCACCAGCCAAAACAAAAGCAAGAACAAGAGCUGAGGCACAAAAGAAAUCGAAGAAAGUCUUACCUGGAAUACAGGAAGUUCUUCAAGAGAUGCAAGAGAGCAUGGAUUCCUCUUCAGAUGUGGAGUAUUAUGGACCUGAAAAAUCCUACAGUACCUACCUGAAAGAAAUCCUGGGAAAAGAAAGAGAAACUGCUGGACAGUCAAACCUCAUCCAAAAUGAUGCUGAUUCUUCUCAACAGUCAGAUGGAAAUCCUGCUGAGGACAGCUUGUCAGAGGAAGAAAGUGUGGAGGAGGAAAACUACAGUGUGAGAGAAGAGGAGGGAGAUCAAGAUUCUGAAGAAGAAAGUGAUCCAGAGUCUGAUAACCCUUGCCACGAUAAGCACCCAGAGACAGUCACUAAGACAAAAGUGAGUAGCAAACCUGAAAACCGUCCAAAAAGAAAAGUGAAACCAGUCAUCAGGUUAACUUAUGAUGAGCCUGGUAGAGCUAAAGAUCAGCCUCUCACUAUUAUACAUAGAGGAGUUGUCAUUAAGAUUGGCAAGAGUUAAUUCAAACAAGGUCAUGCACCCUUUCCACUAGUUAACGGUUAACUUAAAUAAAAAAGUUCAUUAUGGUUUGAUGAGGACAUCAAAGACAUUUAGAAGGGGGAGGGUGUAACCCGGUUAAAAAUAUUAAGUAAUAUAAUUUCUUCCAAGCAUAUAAAUAGUGUGAUUAAAAAGGUUGAAAUUCAUUAAAAUACUAUAGAAGUGUUAAAACAGUUAAAAGUAUAUAUUAUGUGUUUAUUGUUUUAUUUGAAGUAUAAUGUAUCUGUAAACGUAAUAUGUACCAGCAUGUAUGGGGUUAAUUGAGAUGGGCCGGAACCUAACCUCUGAGGUUGUUUCGGGACGGAAAGAAAAGGGGCGGAGCGAGCAGAGAGAAGACACGCGGAGUAUGAGGAAGAACAGUAACGAAAAGAGACUGUUGUACAGACGUUGAGUGACCAAGUCGUGGAGGCGUUCAACCCGGACUCUCCAGAGGACUCAGUGGUGAUUUUCCUGUGGGUGUGAGUGGAUUACUCAAACCGUGAGGACGACGUGAAGCUAGAAGCUAACACAGCGGCUAGUUUAGCUCACAGUGACUGUACGAGUUAGCAGCAAGCUACCUAUUCAGCAGUGACUGUGGGGAAAGGAGCGUGGAGCUGCAGACGACGAGCGAACACCGCGACAUCGGCAGUGACGGGGUUUCGUUUCCUCCGGACGGAUCUUCUCCUCAACUCACCUCUUCUCCAACCACCAGCCCAUCCCAAGCGACAUCCAGGCCUGCACCGAUGCACUAAAGGGGUACCCAGGUUUAUUUGAAGUAAAGUAAUAAGUGCCGGCUUUAGUUAUCAGGUGUGUGGGUCCACAUAUUGCACUUCAGUGAAUUUGAGUGAAUUGAAGGUUCUGCAUUGAUAUUUUUGGGUUAAAAAGUCUAUUGAUAUCUGUGAAUAUUUGUGAUAGUGUUUCACUAAAACAGAACAAAGGAUAUUUUUAUUUACUGUGUUUACCUGAAAAGAAGAAACAGGGUUAUUUCAGUUAUUACAUUUUUUGCAAAAGAGGUAUAAUUCCUUUGUUGUGUUUCCUGUGAAAAAAGGGACAAUUCAGAGUUUUUACCUUAAAAAAGGGGAAUUUAUUGUGAAGGUUUAACGACAAAAAGAACAUUUAUAUUUUUAUUUUAUUGUUAUAUUGCAUUAAUCAUUGCAUAAGUAAAUAAUUGAGAACUUAUUUUCUUAAAA